AGUUAGUAAAAUUCAGCAGAAAUUGAUUUAAAAAUGAGAUCGAGAGGAGAUGAGAGUGAAGAGUCAGGCAUGAUGUUAACCGGCUAUAACUGCGACUGACCACAUCCAGACUUUGAUUCAACAUUUGAAGACACCUGCAUUCCUGAAACGAUGGCCGAGUUUGAGAACGGAGAUCAGACACUGGACACAGUGAGUUUACGGACCGUCGGCAGUCACUUUGAUAACGAUGGCGAGAGCUCGCUGGGAUCAGAUUCUGAGCUCAACGGCUUCCCCGGUUCGAGAGAAACGGACAAGUACGGAUUUAUUGGGGGAGCACAGAAGUACUCUGCCGAAUCGGCUCAGGAUGUUCCUCCAGAGGUGUUGAGACACAGAGAGCUGAAGUGGUUGGAGAUGUUAAAUGACUGGGACAAAUGGAUCAACAAAAGAUUUAAGAAGGUCAGACUGCGGUGCCAGAAAGGAAUCCCUCCCUCCAUGAGGGGCAGAGCCUGGCUUUAUCUGUGUGGAGGAAAAGUCAAGAGGGAACGAAACGUCAACACAUUUAAGGAGCUGGAGAACAUGGAGGGAGAUCCUAAGUGGAUGGAUAUAAUUCAGAGAGAUCUACACAGACAGUUUCCUUUCCAUGAGAUGUUUUUGUCACGAGAAGGACACGGGCAGCAGGAUCUGUUGCAGGUGCUGAAGGCGUACACACUCUACAGGCCUGAGGAGGGUUACUGCCAGGCUCAGGCUCCAAUUGCUGCAGUGCUUCUUAUGCACAUGCCUGCUGAGGACGCCUUUUGGGGUUUGGUUCAGAUCUGUGAGAAGUACCUCCCUGGUUACUACAGUCCAGGCCUGGAGUCAGUACAGUUGGAUGGAGAGAUCCUGCACGCAUUACUGAAGCGAGUGAGUCCUGUAGCGUACAGACACCUGGACAAGCACAAGAUCGAGCCAGUGCUGUACAUGAUGGAGUGGUUCAUGUGUGUUUUCUCCCGAACUCUGCCCUGGGCCUCCGUCCUCCGAGUGUGGGACAUGUUCCUGUGUGACGGGGUGAAGAUUAUAUUCCGGGUGGGGCUGGUGUUUUUGAGGUGCAUGCUGGGAUCUAAGGAAAAGCUGAAGGCCUGUCCGGGUCAGUAUGAGACCAUGGAGCUGCUCAGAGCCAUCGAGCCUCGAUACAUGCAGGAGGCCUUCCUUGUACAACAGGUCCUCGAGUUGCCCGUCUCCGCCCGGGACGUGGAGCGCGAGCACCGCUCACAGCUCAAGCGCUGGAAGAAGAAGCGUGGAGAACCCAGCCGCAAACCGGCUCCCAGAAUGCACGGCGCUUACGCCAUCAUGUCCUCGGAGCCUCACUCGCGUCAAGACCUCUGCCAGAAUCCUACUAUAAUCGUCCAAUACCCGCCUGCCACAGGGGGCAAGUCUGAAUUCGGACGUGGGAAGAAGAGGGGUUCCUUGAAGAAAAAUUCCACCCCUUUUCCAGACAUCCCUAAUCCCUACGCCCUCCCUGAUGACUUUAAAUCUAACCAGAUACGACAAGCACAGCCUCUCAACCAGGAAGAUAAAGUUCCUGCACCACAAGAGGCACCAAUACAAGCAUCAUUAGAUCCUACAAAACAGGAGGAGGUUAAAACCUCCACAGAACGACUCGUCCGGUCGACCCCGAGUCCGUCCAUCAGCCAGAAAUCCCAUCAGCCAGAAUCUCUUCCUGCGGAGCAUCAGCCGGUUCCAGCUGCUUUAGAGUGGUGCCCUCACCUCCAGGUCGCCCCUCCAGAACAAUUUUCAGAUCCUCCUCCUGUCCUCUUACCCGCCCCUCUUCCCUACAGUGAGGAUUUUCCCGCUGAUCAUCCCGCCGAUCAUGAGAACCACACUGCGUUAGAUCCACCUACAGACUCGAGCCCGCUGCUUACCCACAAUGCACCGUCUGCCAACCAGGAAUCGACCCCUGCUCCGGAAAAUAAGGUCGACUUGCGCAUCUCUACAGAAAGUGUCAACAGUUCAGAGGAUACCUACUUGUAGUCAGUGCUGUAAAUGCUGCCACCUGGUGGUGUGGAGGAAUGCCAGGCUGCAGUGGUGGGUGAAAUGACACAGUGAAUUCAUCUGCUUUAGAAUUUUAAUGGUUUUCUUGGGGUAAGUGGAGAACGUUAUAGCAGAAUGUUCAUAACAGGUGAUUAAUUAUGCAUCUUUAAAUGUAACCUAAGAUACAAGAUGUGUGUAGGUCUCUGAUGAAUGCUAAUUAACAAGCAUUCACUUAUUGGUUCAAUAAUACUUGUCAUAACAAAGCAGUACACCAGUGGUGGAUAAACUAACAAAAUAGCUGAUUGGAAUUGCCUUAGGCCGCUAAUGCCCUCAAACAGACUGCUAAAACCAUUAAAAAGUGAACGAAUGAACAGCUAAAUAAACUUAAGUGUAUUAGAAGUCCAGAAGUGCAGACUGGGAAGUAGCUGUCCACUUUGGUCAUCUCCUAAUAAAUCGAAGGAUUUUGUUCUCUUGAGAAUGCUCCAACAGCCAGCCAUCAAGUAUAAAAUGGCCCCAAAAUAUUAAGACAAGAUCAAAUAAACACAGAAACAUAAGACCUGUUUAGCCAUUAAAUGACAAGUAUGUGUUUAACAUGGUGGUUAAACCCAAAUAAUCAAGUAAAUAAAUCUGGAGCCAAAGACGAGCCCAACUGCUGAUCAGCUCUGUUUUAUUAACAACAUUUGUUUCUGAAAUGGGACGUCCAACAAGCGCAUGACCAAGUGUCCAAAAUAAAUAAAUCUGGAGCCAAAGACAGGGUCAAACUGCUGAUCAGCUCUCUAAAAUUAAUGAUGAUUACCUGUUUCUGAUAUUUUGUCCACCACUUGUGGCCCAGGCUUGUUAUGUGGGAUCACACAGGCCUUGGUGGAAAUAAAAUGGACCUGGGUUUUGCACUGGAGCUACUCUGUCAGUUGGUGGAUUUGCUGAUCUAAAUGACCCCUAGGUGGGAAUAAAUAACUGAAUUUGUGUGAUGGUCUGUGAUGGACUGGCAUCCUGUUUGAGCUGCAUGUACCUACGGUAUGUUCCCAGUUUUUGAUAUACCAGUACAUUGGCUAAUUUCUCAUCCUGGACACAGACGUGGGAAGACCCGCUGCAGCUAAUAAUUGUUGGGACAUCAGGCAGGAUAAAUGAGUGAAUUAAUCUAGGGGUAGAAAAUCAAGGCAGGUCUCUGCUUGCACUUGGAUUUGUGUGUCUCUUGCUCUCUGUAUCUGUCUGUAGCUCCAGUGCAAAACUAAAAAGCAAAUAGGAAACCUUGGGAUGACAAUUUCAAAAUCAGCUUUGUUAGUCAAGAGCAUAACUUACCACACUAUCAAACUCAUCACUGAGGUUUAUGUCCUAAUUCGACGGUUAAUCGAUAACCGUAGCAUCUCAUAGCAUCUCAUCAAAAUAUAAAACUCAUCACAGAUUCCAGGCGCUCGGGUGGCUCGGUGGUCUCAUUUUGCCAUUUGCUAACCCGCCACCACUGAAAUCCGGAUCGAAUUUCUGUGGCGCUAUGAACGUAUAACAAUACUGGACAUGUUUAAUGUUGCUGCUUAUUGUAUAAAUGUUAAUAAUGAUCACUAAUGCCUCUCUCCACUAAGAGCUUCGUGCUUUCCAGAUCACUUCAUGUUAAGUGCAAAAUGGGAGACGUUUUUAAAUGCUUUUAUUUUCUUACUUCAGCUACUAGAGGGCAGACUUUGUCCAUCAAUGUACUUUUACCCCAGCGCACAUGAGCUGAAGCGCCUCCUCACUACAGGCUUCAGAUGGGAACUAACAGUCUGUGGUUGUCAACUACAGUUUAUUUCACUCUUGGGAGUUUUUGGAGUCACAAACACUCAGUUUUUAGAACCACUGUGUGAAUUCAUUUGGCGGAUGUUUUGAUCCACAGUCCUGUUUCUCAAAUCCUCAUUUUAUUUGAAUCCUACGUUGUAGUGAAUCUGUCAGGUUUGGUGUGACAGAUUUGUUACAGUUAGUGCAAAUGGGUGUGAAUUAAGAUUAAAUACAUAAGGGCUGUCAUCUGGUCAAUAAAACUGCAAAUCUGUUUCACAAGCUUGCUCAGAAACUAAUGAGUCUCACCAUCACCAAGUUUGGGCCCCUGAGCAAGGCCCUUAACCCUCAAUUGUGUAAAUUGUAUUCAGUAAUAAUUGUAAAUGCCCUAAUGUAAACGUAAUAUGUGGUCUGGGGGAGACAAACGUGGUGCAUGCAAUACAAAAUUCUUCCUUUAAUUCGAUGUUGGUUGAUGGUCGUUCAAUUUUGGGAGAACGUGGAGUGUUUGUUACAGUUAGUGCGAAUGGGUGUGGCUUGAGAUUAAAUACAUAAGGGCUGUCAUCUGGUCAAUAAAACUACAAAUCUGUUUCACAAACUUGCUCAGAAACUAAUGAGUCCCUGACUACAUGAUGACUUGCCAGUCUAACAGCCCAUGAAGGUUCUUCAUAGACUCUUAUAACUCUUUGAAUAGCUAAGCUUUUUGGCAAAUAUGUUAAACCAGAGCUUUCAAAGUGGCACUAGCAUGAAAUUUCACUUUUUCAAGUCAGUUCAAACAACUGGCUACAGCUGGUAUUGUGGUGGAGGAUGAAUUUCAGACUGGUUUUAAUAGUUUGGGCAAAACCGCUUCCAGUAAUGAAACGUUUUCAUGCUACAGAAUAUAGAAGCAUUCUACAGACCUGUGUGCUUACAAAUUGUUGAA